CUUCUGACUCUGUCUUGAAUGCAAAUGAUGCAUCCAUUAAUAGAUCGAAUUUCCUCAUAAAGGCCAUACCCUCUGAAACGUAAAUGUCCAGAUUUUACAGCUUUGAUUCCCCGGAGACUGGAGAGAUCACUCCACUCCUCUACACCCUUUAGGGAACUGAAGCGAGAUGUAGAUAAAGAUUGCUUCUUUAUUUGAAUCAAAGCGGAGAAGAAAAGCAAACGAUGCUGAAUGGUGGCAAACAGCUCCUCCAUUGUUCAUAGCAUUUGAGUUGAAGCAACACCCAAGUCAGAAUCUCUGCCAUUUUAUGGAUUACGAAAGAAUUCAAAAGCCCCAGGGAUCAGGUGGGUUUUCGCCUGGGAAGUUGAGAAGCAUGCUGCGAGGAGUGGAAAAGAAGAGAAAAGAAGAGGAAGAGUUUGAAUCUACUUUUACUCUGAGAUCUCAAGCCACUGAAGUUGAUGAUACAGGUGGUAGCAAUUCUGAUUCUAUCAGAGAUGUAAAUGUGGUGAGCGUCCUUCCUGGAUGCUCCACUCCGUCCACUGUUGAUUCAAUUGCUAUGCAGAUGAUUAGUGAACGUCAGUUGAAGGAUCAUGCUUUGAUAAAUGCCAGAAAUAGGUCCCAUGAAGAUCUACCUUUAGAUUAUGAAUGUGGGCUGGAUAGCAUGGCUAUGAACUCAUCAAUAUUUGAGUUUCAGAAGGCUGAACGGGCUCCUCAAAGAGUUCCUCUUGCUCCAUUCUCCAAACCAGCACCAUCCAAAUGGGAUGAUGCCCAAAAGUGGAUAGCAAGCCCUACUGCAACCAGGCCAAAGAUGGGGCAGGCACAACCACAAGGUGGACUGGGGCUUGGAUUAAGAAAGGUUGGAAACUUUGGUUAUUUCCAACAGUCAUCGACUAAGGUUGUUGUUGAAGUUUCAGAUCGUAGAGUGGUUGCUUCUGAUGAACCAGAUACAAAGCGCAUUGAUAUAAGUCAAACUAAGAAAGAUAGCCCAAUGCAAAAGCUUGUCAGUUGGGAGGCUGUUCCAUAUCCUAUUGCAGAUUCAUAUGUUAGUCUUAGUCAGCAUGAUUCAUCAAAGGCUAUACAGAGUGCAACUGCAUUUAUUCCACCUCCUUCAACAGCUAGAUCAGUAUCAAUGAGAGAUAUGGGGACAGAAAUGACUCCUAUUGCUAGCCAAGAACCCUCAAGGACAGGGACUCCAGUGCGAUCAACAACACCAAUUCGCAGCCCAAAUUCAUCUAGGCCAUCAACUCCUAGAAGAGACACACCUGCUUCAGCUCUAUCAAAUGUACCUGAUGAGUGCAGUGAUGUGAACAAGGAAUUGUCUGAAAAGCAGCUGCAAAUGAAGACAAGGAGAGAAAUUAUGGCUCUUGGUACCAAGCUUGGUAAGACAAACAUUGCUGCCUGGGCUAGCAAAGAGGAUGAGGAUAAGGAUGCUUCUACUUCACUGAAAACUGUAGGAGCUGAACAACCAACUAAAACUGUCAUUGAAACUCGUGCUGUGGCUUGGGAAGAAGCAGAGAAAGCCAAAUAUAUGGCAAGGUUCAAACGUGAAGAGAUGAAAAUUCAAGCAUGGGAGAAUCACCAAAAAGCAAAAACAGAAGCUGAGAUGAGGAAAAUUGAGGUAGAUGUUGAAAGGAUGAGGGGGCAGGCACAUGAUAAGCUCAUGAACAAACUUGCUGCUGCAAGACACAGGGCUGAAGAGAAACGAGCAGCAGCAGAAGCCAAGAGAAACAGGCAAGCAGCAAAAACAGAGCAGCAAGCAGAGUACAUUCGAAGAACUGGCCGCAUUCCUUCAUUUUUUUGCUGCUGGAAUUGGUGCUCUUAAAGUACAAGUUAUGUCUAGGGAAAAAAGCUUUAUCUCAUAUUUCCUUCUUCUUCUUUCCUCUUUUUACUUUUUUUCUUUUCUUUUUUGUUGUCGAGAUAUAUGUGCCUAUUGGAAACUAAGCUGUUGCUGUAAUUCUGAUCAAUUUAAUCAAUUCAAAGCUGAAAU